AUGGUGGUGGCCACUGUAUAUUACAGCACCGUGGAGUACCCUGACUAUGGCACUGCCACCCUGGACCCCAACAUGUCUGUGGAUGAGUCUCCCAGCGCCCCCCGGCUGUCUGUCUCCGACACGAUUGCCCUGGUAAUCUUCAUGACAGUCUUCCUGGUGGGAGUGCCAGGCAACAGCCUGGUGGUCUGGGUGACGGGGUACGAGGUCCGGCGGACCAUCAAUGCCAUCUGGUUUCUCAACCUGGCAGCGGCCGAUCUCCUGUCCUGCCUGGCGCUGCCCAUCUUGUUUGCCUCCAUCAUUCAGCAUGGCCACUGGCCCUUCGGCAGCGCCGCCUGCCGCAUCCUGCCCUCUCUCAUCCUGCUCAACAUGUAUGCCAGCAUCUUGCUCCUGGCCAUCAUCAGCGCUGACCGCUUUCUGCUGGUGUUUAAUCCCAUCUGGUGCCAGAACUACCGAGGGGCGUGGCUGGCCUGGGUGGCCUGCGGCGUGGCCUGGGGCACGGCCCUGCUGCUGACCAUCCCCUCCUUCAUUUUCCGCCGGGUGCUCAUAGAGCACUUUCCCUUCAAGAUGAUCUGCGGCGUGGACUACGGCCCCGACGGGUUCCUGGUGGAGAGGGGCGUGGCCAUCCUGCGGCUGGUCGUGGGCUUCCUGUGGCCGCUGGUGACGCUCAGCAUCUGUUACACCUUCCUCCUGAUCCGGACCUGGAGCCGCAGCGCUACCCGCUCCACCAAGACGCUCAAGGUGGUGGUGGCGGUGGUGACGAGCUUCUUCAUCUUCUGGCUGCCCUACCAGGUGACGGGGAUGAUGCUGGCCUUGUUCUACAAGAACUCGGAAAUCUUCAUCUCCGUGUCCAGUUUGGACUCCCUGUGCGUGGCCUUCGCUUACAUCAACUGCUGUAUAAACCCCAUCAUUUACGUGGUGGCAGCCCAGGGAUUCCACAGCCGCUUCCUCAAGUCCCUUCCGGCCACGCUCCGGCAGGUGCUGACCGAGGAGUCCGUGGGCAGGGACAGCAGGUCCUUCACCCUCUCCACGAUGGACACCCCAGCUGUGAAGAGCCAGGCGGUGUGA